AUGAAGCUUCUGGUGUGUUUGCUCAUUGCUAUAUCAGUUACCGCUGGUCAGGAUAAGAAGAAACGUGGGAUCGUUUAUGGAGGUGGCCAUGAUUUGGGAGGCAAUGGAGGAGGCGGCGAUUUAGGAGGACACGGCGUAGGUGGAGCAGAUUUGGGAGGUCAUGGUGGUGGAUUUGGAGGAGGACAGGGUGGUUUUGGAGGUGGAUUAGGAGGAGGAUCAGGUGGAGGAGGUGGACAUGGAACCAUCAGCCACAUCACAUUGACCAAGAAUAUACCAUACCCUGUCCCACAUCCAGUUCCAUACACUGUUAUCAAGAAAGUACCAUAUCCAGUAAAAGUACCAGUACCAUACAAAGUGGACAAACCAUAUCCAGUUCACAUUCCCAAACCAUACCCAGUCCACAUCGACAAGCCAAUUCCCUACAAAGUAAUCAAAAAUAUCCCAGUUCACGUGAGUGUACCAGUAAAGGUACCGGUUCCAUACAGAGUCCCAGUUGCCAUCCCAAGACCAUACCCAGUCAAAGUAACCAAAACCGUCCCAGUUCACAUCCCAGAAACCAUCAUCGUUAAGAAACCAGUACCAAUUUUCAUCAAGGGAGGCGGUAAUGAUGGCGGCUACGGAGGUGGCAGUGGAUACGGAGGUGGAAGCAUCGGUUACGGAGGCGGCGGCGGUCACGAAGAAUUAUCCGGAGGUGGAGGAUACAGUUCCGGAGGAGGAGGAUACAGCUCCGGAGGAGGAGGAUAUAGUUCCGGAGGUGGCGAUCACGGAUAUUCAUCAGGAGGUGGAUCUUACCAUUAG